ACCGUAAUGAAGAAAUUAGUUCUAUUUUGGAGUAGAUACAAUAUAAAUGCUCUCGAAUACAUGAAACGCAUACCAUGAAACGGAAGUGUAUCAAUUUACAUAAAGCAAGUUGUCAACGCUGAAAGACACAGGGAGCCCAUUUAAAAAGUCUUUUUCGAAACAUUGAUCAAACAAUUACUCUAUUGCCAAAYUUGAUUUGAUACAAAUAAAUUUAACACAUUCUCAAAGUAUCACACUUAUAUUAAGCGUAUUUCAAGUAAAUUUAUAAACAAUUGUAACUGAGGGUUGGUGUGGGUCAUGACCUUUAUUAUCAGUGACUGGAAAUCUGAUUCCUGGCCUUUCCCUAUGAUACCACUUCGUAAUGUCUUGAAGUAUGGAUGCGUGUUGUUCGUUCAAAUCAAAAGUUGGUAGUUUAUGUGGUGCUGAUAGUCGUGAUAGGAAGCAAGAAGUACAGGUUAUACCUCUUCUAUCAUGUGCUAAGGAUAUUUCUCACCAUUUGUCGUCUUUCCCCUUUACUGGCGUCAACAUGAGGUUGACUUGAUAUUAUGCCGUGUGGGAAUAUUUAGCCGUCCUGAAAAUGUGUCAUCUAUGACAAUAUGUCCUCUUCAUCGGGGUAAACUUGGAAUUGGCUGSACCAGAGGAGCRGCCACAAGAUGUCGAAUCCCGGGCGAGCUUUCAAACCAUGGUACUGGUAAAAAACAUUGGCCAAAAAGGGAGAGGGGAGUUGGCAGAGAUGAGUCGGUUAUAAUAUUACGCAAGACUGGUGUUUUUAUACAAGCUGGAUCUGGAAUAUGCCGUAAGUGUCGAGAUAUCAUAAGAGAUCUACAACUGUCUUAUGACGUCCAGGAAGUUGAAGAUCGGUUUUCAAAAAUUUCAACGGGUGAUCCACUAGACGUUUCAUCAUCAGAACGAACUCCGUCACAACUCGCAGUUGGUACAAAAUCCAAAAAGACGCCCUACAGUAAGCUUGCUACGCCAGCACCCUAUACUCCAUCAGAAAUGUCCCUUUGCCUUGAUACUAGUCUAGAGUUGCCAUCUGAACAAGUGCUGGAAGAACAGACACCAAAGGAACUUCUCAAUGCAUUCUUAGCUUCGAGAGACAUCAGCCCUGUCCGUACUUCAAUGGGGACUUCAUGGAACAAAGCAUCAGCACGAACCCAACGCCACUACAUGCGGAAAGCAAAGCAAGCUGUUUUUGCAGCCUUAGAUGAAAUCGCCCCCCAAAACAAAGAAAGUAUAUUCAAUGCAAUGAAGGAAUUUCACCUGCUCGAGGACGAGAACUCUGUAGACUCUGUGCUUCUCAAAGCACUAGUUGAAUGCUAUGAAAAUGCUGGUCACUGGAGUAGCCGAAGACAGAUCCUAUCAAUUCUCGCAGACAAAGUAGAUUUCAAAUCCAUACAGCAAUUGAUUCCUGACCUGACAAGAUAUCGUUUUAACAUAGCUCGACACCACUUGCCUGACAAGGAAGAAAAGUGA